AUGCGUAACCUUACAAUUGAUAUGUCAGAGUGGGGAGUAUGGGAGAGAAAUGCAUCAUUCGUUUCUCACUUCGAAGAAGCAGUAGAGUUGUAUUUAUCGUCUCAGUUGUGUCGUGCCUUCCUUAUAACUGCUGCUACUUCAACAUUUGGAUGGUGGCUGGCGUUCUUUGUUCCUAACCAGAAUGAUGUUUUCUACAUCUUUGAUAAUAGGACGCAAAAUGGCAAAACACCAGAGAAAGAGCAUUUCUUGAACUCUUGGACGCCAUUAUGA